CUCAACGACGACGAGGACGACGACGACGUUCUUCGUCGCGAUCCCGCGCUUUCGAACCCACUCCGCAUUUACUCUCACCUGGACUUAAUUAUUGGGGCUGCAAAAAAACAAUACCAACAUAAAUAUUAAUCCAAGAGCAACCCCAAUAAUUUAAAGAUGUCCGGAAUCGCGGCAGCGGGUCUCGGAGCCCUCGCGACAAUUAAAUCCAGGGUUGAUGGGAAACUUGCUGAAAUGCGUAUCGAGAGAAGAAACCAGCGUGGAUAUGAAGAGUUUGCGAUGCCAAACAAUGAAAGUGCUAAAGAGAACAUGGGAUUCGAACGAGACAGAGAUUUACAGCCCCGUGGGUCCUUCGACUCGCUGCCAGAACCCGAGAGACCGCCCUUACGUCACAUCGACACUUAUUGUAUGCCCGAGUGUCCUUGUUUGUCCAAGAGGUACACGAUCGCCACCCUCGCAUGCUUAGGUUUCGUAAUUUCUUUCGGUAUGAGGUGUAAUAUGAGCAUGGCGAAAUUAAUAAUGAAGAACGACACAAACAGUGACGGGCAAGCGAAGUUUAAUUGGACCUACAGCACCGAGGGUUUGUUGGACUCGUCAUUUUUUUGGGGAUACCUGGUGACUCAAGUGCCCGGUGGUUUUCUGGCCUCGCUUUAUCCUGCAAAUAGGAUAUUCGGAAUGGCUAUUGCUGCGUCCUCGUUCUUAAAUCUUCUUGUACCUGGUGCUUUGUCUAUUCAUGCUGCUGUCGAUAUGUGUGUCCAAGUAUGCAAAGGACUUGUCGAGGGAGUAACUUAUCCAGCUUGUCACGGUAUCUGGAAAUACUGGGCACCGCCAUUGGAGAGAUCAAGACUAGCAACUCUCGCUUUUUGUGGUUCGUACGCCGCAGUUGUUAUCGGAAUGCCACUUUCUGCUUUACUGAGCAAUUCAUUCGGCUGGCAAGCGUCUUUUUACUUUUACGGCGUCUGCGGAUUAAUUUGGUGGUGCUUCUGGCUCUGGCUGGGAUUCGAGCGUCCAUCGAAGCAUCCGUGCAUUUCAGCCCAGGAAUUGCGUUACAUAGAAGACUCGUUGGGUCAAGCAGUAAACACGCAACCGAUUCCCACCUUCUCGUCAACCCCGUGGCGCAAAUUUUUCACAUCUAUGCCAGUCUACGCAAUAAUCGUUGCUAAUUUCUGUCGUUCGUGGAACUUUUAUUUGCUGGUCCUGUUCCAGGCUCGAUUUAUGCACGAGUCAUUCGACAUGCCUUUAGUUGAGACUGGAGUCAUUGGGUCGUUGCCGCAUUUGCUGAUGACAAUAAUCGUACCGUGCGGUGGAUUGCUCGCGGAUCAUUUACGUAAAACAGGAAGAAUGACGACUACCAAUGUCAGAAAAUUGUUCAAUUGCGGAGGUUUUGGUAUGGAGGCAUUAUUUUUCCUGGUUGUUGCCAAUGCAACUACUCACAGAAAUGGCGCAGGUGCGACUGUAGCUCUGACUAUUGGAGUCGCUUGCAGCGGGUUCGCUAUUUCUGGGUUCAAUGUCAAUCACCUUGACAUCGCGCCACGGUACGCUAGUAUUUUGAUGGGAAUGUCUAAUGGCAUUGGAACGAUCGCUGGGCUGCUUGUUCCCUUUUUCGUCGAUACUGUCACCAAGAACAAGGACGCAGAAAGUUGGAGAAAUGUCUUCAUAAUGGCGGCAUGCGUGCACUUUUUCGGAGUAACAUUCUACGGAAUUUUUUGUUCCGGAGAAUUACAACCGUGGGCUGACCCAGCAGUAGACGAACAAGGCAGUUGGAAUCCACUAGACGAUCUCGGGCAAAAUAAACCGCCAAUACCGCCACCGCCCAAAGUUAUGCAAUCGGAAUUCAUCAAACAGCCAUCGAUUGAUGCAAAUGCGGGCUGGAAUGACAAUGAACAGACUGAAGCCAGUACGCAUAGUAGCCAACCGGUAAUAAAUUACGGGUCAACGACAAACAAUUCGAAUCCUUUUCAUUCGUCCAAUCCAUUCGCCAGCAGCAUACAGGAGAGCCAAGUUCAACCACCGACACUCGACGAUUACUCCCAUGAUGUCAUGCAGCAGCAUCACCAGCAAUGGGAUUAAAUUUAUGACAAGUAUUUUUUAUUUUUAAUUCAAUUAUCACUCCGUUCGUCGACCAGGUGCGUACAUUUUUAAUUUUUUCCCGCCGAUAAUUUGAGUCUCAAAAUUAUCACAGUAAUUUUGAGUUUGAAUUUUUUUUUUUAAUUGAAACAAAAAAAAUAUUUGAAUUAUUGAGACUUAAAUAAAUAUAUGAAAGUAAAAAAAAUAUAUUUAAGAAAAAGAAAACAAUGAAAGUAUAAAAAUAAAUUUAUAUGUUAUUUUAAAAAUAUUAAAUAAAUAUAUUUAUAUUUCCUCUUGGAAAAAAAAAAAAAAAUACAAUACCUAAGAGGACAGAUGAUAGUGCUACGAGCCAACGAAGAAAGUAUUUAAAAAAAAUAAUAAAAAAAUAUUGAAAGUAUUUUUUAUAAAAAAAAAAAUUGCGUAAAUAAAAAUUAAUAGAAUUUUUUGAAUAACCAGGAAUUGAUUGGAAUUUAAAUUCACACAGAAAAAAAAUUUCUUGACGCAAUGAGUUGAAGGGAAAAAUUUUCUACAGAACUCCAUUAACUCGGACGGUUAGUUUACGGAGGAGCGGAAAUUUCUUGGAACUUCCGAGUUAACGGAUGCCCCUUCUUCUUUAAAAGAAAACUAUACGCAUGCGCUCUUACGUCUAUAUGAAUAAUAUAUAGAUAAAUAUACAGAGACAUACAAAUGUCGAGGAGCGGGUGGGAGACAGCGUAGCUCGAGUGGGGGUCAAGAUUGAGGGGAAGUUCUGAGUUAAUGGAGUUCGGCUGUACACGGGGAAAAUUAUCUAAUAAAUUUUACUCGUAAAUAGUAAGUAAAACUGGGCUUGCAUGAAUAAUUACUCGUCUUUUUCUACAUAGUAUUCAAUUAUGCACAGAAAAAAAAGUUAUCUUGAGUCAAGAAAAUAUUUUUGAAGACAAACGUUUUCGGGAACCAAGUCAAGAUUUUCUUGAGCCAAGAGAAUUUGUCUUGGUCAAAAAAAAUUCGUCUUGGUCGAGAUUUCUACGUUAUCUGAGAAAAUUUAGGUCUCCAAAAAAAUUUUCUUGAAUCAAGAAUAUUUACCUUCAGUCAAGAAUUUUUUUUUUUCUGUGUGGGGUAAAAAUACCUAAUUUCGAGUAAUUUUUAAAUAAAAAAAAAUAAAACAAAACGAAUGUUUUUAUUCUUUCCGUAUUUAUUUUUUUUUCGAGCCAGAUUUACUUUUAAUUGCAGGGUAAAUUUUAUCGAAAAAUUUUCUCCGGACUAGAAAAAAUUUAUUGACAAGAAUAUUUUUGUCUUGAAUUUAUGAUGCGAAAAAUUUGUUGGGCCAAGAAAUUAUUUUUUUCUGCGUACAAAAAAAAAAUAUUGAUAAUUAAAUUAACUGACAAUAAUUAAAAAUUGAAAAUUUAUUUACUGGAAUUGAGUAAUGAAAAAUAAUGAUAAAUUAUAAAAUAAAUGCACUUGUUUUUAAUCGCACGUCUGACUGACAGCACAUUUGAUAUAUAAAUAUUUUAUUUAUUUAAUAGAAAAUUUACAAUAAAAAUAAAUAUGAUAAAAAUGACAAUACGUAAAUUAAUAAAAUAAACCGAUGGAUUAAUAAAUAUACACGAUUUGUGGAGACAAUAAUGGAGAGACAAAAUAAUAGAGCACAAUUGCCUGAUACUUUUAGGUAUUAAUUAAUUUAUUUUAUUAAGUAGCAAUAAAUUAAUUGAUAUACGUACUAAUAUUUUUGAGGAAGUAUCAAACAUUGAAAGUUCAUUAAUUAGUUACCUUUUUUUUUAUAAAUACUAAAUAUAUGAAUUUUUUGAAACAUAUUCACAUAAAGAUAGUUAUAAAUAUUUAAAAAUAUGAAAGUAAUUGAAAGUAUAUUAACGAUGAAAGUCUUAGCAAGUGAUUAAUUAGUUAAUUAAUUAAUAAAUAAAUAUUAUGUAUCGAGUGUUACUCAUUUCCUGGCUCUUUUUAAUUACACAGUAGACAUUACUUGGAAAUUUGUGCCCAGAAUGUAAAGACGGAAGUUCACUGUUGCGUAUUUUAAACUGUAAAAAAGCGGGAGUGAUUAUGAAUUUCAUUUGAAUCAGAAUUCACUCCGUCAUUCGGAAUUUCGGAGUCAAAAAAAAAUUACUCUGCAUACAGAGUGAAUGAGGAGGUUGUAAUAAAUUUUUUGGAUUAAGAAAUGCCAAGAGAUGGAAUCGAACUAGCAAUUUUCUAUUUACAAAAUAAUGACUCCGAAUGUUACCCUGGUGAAAAUUUUUCGUAAUUUUCUCUGAAAAACUCAGUUCUACACUGUGAAAAAUUCGCGGAGUGAAUGCGGAUUAAAUCCGGAGUGAAUGAAUUUUUAAUUAUUCACUCCGCAGGGGAGUUUUCGCGGAGUAGAUAAUUUUUUAUUAAUUUAAUCCCUCCGGAGUAAAAUUCACUCCGGAGAGUUUUGAAAAUAUUAUUAAUAAAAUAUAACUCCACAUAAUAAAAUCGAAGUAAAAAUUCGCGUAUUACAUUAUUGAUCACCUGAUAUGCACACACAUACACACAUACAUAUUUAGGCACACACGCACACAUUUGCACACACGCACAAAUUUUCACACAUGCACACAUUUGCACACACGCACACAAACACCUGCAGACACCCAAACACACACAUGCACGUAAACACACACUCGCACACACAUACACACACACACACACAUUGUUUAGCAGUUUCAUAUAAAUGAAUAUAAAUUUAUUUAAGUAUUAAAACUCCGGACCGGAGUGAAUUGGGAGUGAAAUAAAAUCCGGGUCACUCCGCAAUCACUCCGCUAAAAAAAACUCCCAAUUCACUCCGGAUGCGGAGUGAUUUUUUUAAAAACUCCGGAACUCCGAGUGGCGGAGUUAAUCCGGAGUGAAUUCGGAUUUUAUUUUACUCCCAAUUCACUCCGGAUUCACUCCGAAUUUUUUACAGUGUAAAGAUCUAAUAAAGACUUUUUCAGAGUUUCUCAGAGAAAAGUCCGAAAAAUUUCCAUCAGGGUAUAAAUUAACUAUUUAUAGUUCAAGAAAAUAAAAUGUCUACUGUACGAUAAAAAAAAUGGAAAUAUUGACAAUUAACAGAUCAAAAAUUUAAUUUAAUCAAAAUAAAUAAAUAAAUCAAAUAAUUAGUAAAAUCAAAGUAUAAAGCAGUACUAUAAUUUUUUUUUUUUGAGUUCUGGAUUUAUGUGGAGGAAAUAUUUGCGUAAAUUUUGUUUUUUAUUAAAGAAAAAAAAUUAGUUAAAAUUAUUGCAAUAUUAUAUAAUUAUAAAUUAAUUAAAUUGUAUGAAUAAUUAAUAUAAUUUACGAAUUCUCGAACAUAAAAAAAUAAAUUUGAUAAAAACGAAACUCAUCGUGAGAAAUUAGUCAAUUUACGCGAGACCUUUUUAAAGCGAGUAAUAAAACAUUUAAAUAAUUUAAAAAAUAUAAAUAUUCAUAUACAUGCGUUAUAAUAAAUGAUAUUGUCGAUUAUUGAUUAUAUUAAUAAAAUAUAUAUAUCUAAAUAUAAACAUAUAUGUAUCCCUCGAUGGGUCGAUGGUGAUCGAGUGCGUUGUACGCAGAUCGAUUCAGUUGUAUGAAAAUUAUGGCAAUAUCUAUAUGAAUAUAAAUAACAAACGUAAUUAACAAAAAAAAAAAUUAAUUAUUGAAAUGUUGAUGCUUGAAAAAAAAUAUAAUGGUAAAUAAUAACGAUGAGGUAACGAGCGAAAUGUUAAUAUAAAAAAUAUAUAGAUAGACCAUCGUAAAAUUUUAACGAUGGUUAUAAUUAAUUAGACAUUAAUAGCUCCCUAUAUUUAUUAAUUUACUUGACGUUAAAACGAAAACUAAUUUUUUUUGUUGUAGAAAUAAUUUACUGUUAUUUAUUUAAAAAAUAUUGUAGUCCUUGAUUUUUUAUUUAAUGUUAGAGAUAAAAAUUUUAUAUUUAGAAAAAAAGCCAAAUUAUUUAUAUAUUAAUAUAUAUAUAUCAUUAUUCAAAUGAUAGGUUCUAUACUUUUAUCGAAA